UUCCAUGUGUCUUCACUGAGCAAAGGUUUGAGUCUGGCCACUAAGCCAUAAAGCCCAGAUUGGUGGAGUGUUGCAGUGAUGUUUGUCCUUCUGUAAGUUUCUCCCAUCUCCAUAUAUGAUCAUGGAGCUCAACCAGAGUAAUCAUCAGCUUCUUGGUCACCGCUCUAACCAAGACCCUUCUCCAUCGAUGGCUCGGUUUGGACAGGAGGUCAGCUCAAGUAAGAGAUCUGGUGGUUCCAAACCUCUUUCAUUGAGGAUAAAUGGAGGCUACAUGCUUCUGUGAACCUUCAAUACAGCAGAUUUUUUUUCAGAAGUCUUCCCCAGAUCUGUGCCUUGAUACAAUCCUGUCUCAGAGCUCUACUGGCAGUUCUUUUGACCUCAUGUCUUGGUUUUUACUUUGAUAGGAAUUUUCAGCUGUUGCACCUAUUAUUGAGAGUGAAAGGAAGGGUGAGAGAAGGGUGGAGACACGCUGAAUCUGUUCAAACAGCUGCUGUAUUGGAGGAGACAGACGCACACCGUCCAGCUGCUGCUUUCGAUACUUGAGUUUUCAAACGGUAUUUCAAGACUAAAUUUACAGAAAAACUUGAUGAAAACGAGGCUGGCAUCGAAAGGAAAGCAUCGAAGGGAAAGCUUUACAGUUUCAUCGGAAAUGACAGCUGCGCGUAAAAACUUGCGUAAUUGAUCUCGAAUUUACGCGGCAACUUUUCCUGUAGUUUCUUUUCGUGUUUCUUUUUUGCGCAGAUCGAUUUUAAUCGUUCACCAUGAACUCCACGGGCAUUUUUUGCGACCCCGAACUUACCAAGUCGUCUAACUACUCGUGCGUAAACCGAACCAUCCCGUCCUACAGCGUGAUUGAUGUCGCGUCUUUCAUGCACAUCUUCCCCACCGUCUACGGCAUCCUGUGUUCAGUGGGAACGCUGGCCAACAGUUUGGUUAUCUAUGCUGUGGCCUCAUGCAAGAAGAAGAUGGUUUCUGACAUUUACGUGUUGAACCUGGCCAUCGCAGAUCUGCUCUUCUUGUUGGUGAUGCCCUUUAACAUCCAUCAGCUGGUCCUGGACAUGCAGUGGGUCUUUGGGCACUUCAUGUGCAAAGCUGUGGUUGUGGUGGACGUCAGUAGCCAGUUUACCACAGUUGGGAUAGUAACUGUGCUCUGCAUUGACAGGUACGUUGCCAUUGUACAUCCCACAUCUGAGAAGAGGACCAUUCACUGGACCAUCUUCAUCAUCAUUAUGGUGUGGGUGGGCAGUUUCCUUUUAAGCAUCCCUGUCAUGAUAUACGCUAAAGUGGUCUCCAAACAGCACAUGGACAUGUGUAUGAUUUACCUGGAUGGGCCUAGUGAUAUGUACUGGUACACACUUUACCAAUCCAUGUUGGGUUUCAUCGUUCCUCUCAUAAUCAUCAGCACUUUCUACACGCUCACGUUGUACCACGUGUUUCGCUCCAUCAAACGCGUCAAACGCAAGCAGUCGGUAUGGGCCAAACGCGCCACCAAGACAGUUCUAAUGGUAAUCGCUUUGUUCCUUAUCUGCUGGUCUCCCUACCACGUUAUCCAGGUCAUUAACCUCAGCAUCAAGCAGCCCACCACCACAUUCGUCUACGUGUACAACAUCAGCAUCUGUUUGAGUUACUCGCACAGCUGCAUCAACCCCCUCAUGCUGCUCGUCUUCGCCCAGAACUAUCGCGAUCGCCUCUGCCGUCGCAAAGAACUUCGUUCGCAGGUCACCACGUCCAAGACCACCAUGAAAACCGACGGCGUAUCGAGUGUCAGUCCGGACACCACUCAUCGGUGCACUGCCAUCUAACACCCACUCGACACUAUGAAAUGUGGAGGCCUGCCUUGCAAUGCGCGCUCCACGAGUGUCAAUCACACGCUAGACCGAUUCUCUAAGGGGAAAGUGUGAAACAAGACGCCGCUGUUCUUUCACGAGGAAUUGGAGUGAACAAACAGCGUGCGUGAAGCUGACAGAUCACUGGACUGGGAUUGGGGUUCGGGUCAUGCUUUGGAAAACUGCCUGUAAUGUCUUAUUGUAUUUAUGGGUACUGUUGAUAUGUUGUUUAAAAAAAAGUUUUCUGGUACUUCGUGUUUGUUGGUGUAUUUAGUAUGUAUUUUGUCAAAUGUUAAAAGACCAUAUGAGUGAAGCAUCAGACUUGUCUAUGCUGAUUUUCAUAUGAAAUGUCUUCGUAAUAUAAAAAAUAAGGGGUUUGUAAGAUGUGAAAAGAGUUUAUGAGUCUGAAAAAAAAUCUGACCUAAUCUUGUCCAUUCUUGUCCAUCUUAUCCAUUUGAUACUCGUAAUCGUUUUAGUAUCUUUUGGCAAAAAUACAGCAACAGCAUUCCACUUUGAAUUGGCAGGAACUUUCUUUAAUGUGUAGAUAUUGGUGUAUCUUUAAAGCAAUGCUUCUCAACCAGGGGUCCGGGGCCCAUUAGGGGGCUUUAUAAAACUUUUUAAAAUGACUUUAAAUUAUUUAAUAAUUAAAAUGCUGUAAGCUAUGAAAAAAAUCAAGAUAUACAACUAUGACGUGUACAUCUAUGCUCUCAUUUUGUAUUCUAAUGCCAAAUGUAUUCUACACAUUUUUAAUACAUUAGAAUUUUUAUACAUCUUAAGCUACUGUUCAGUUCUAUCUGCAUCACAAAAAAAGGUCCCUCAUGUACCGUAAGGGAGUCUUCUUCUAUGCAUCUUGGCAAACAACAAGUUGUUUCUCUUUUCAACAGCAUUUAUACCUCAUACUUGAGACUCCAAAAAGUUUUUAAAUAUUUACCUUGACCUCACAUAAAAUCUUUACUAUCGUGCAUACAUAGCUACUUGGCUUCAAUCUUUCUCUGUUACACUCAGUGGUGGACAGUAACGAAGUAAAUUUACCUGAGUACUGUACUUAAGUACACUAUUUGAGUAUCUGUACUUUACUUGAGUAUUAUUUUUUCUGAGUACUUGUACUUUAACUUCACUACAUUUGAAAGACAAAUAUCAUACUUUUUACUCUACUACAUUUAUAAAAAGGUCCAAAAGUAGAAAAUGGUUUCUAUGCAGCGGGGUUUCGUGUGUGCGCAAUUUAUCUGGCUUGCGAUCUGCCAGGACCUUUUACUGUUGCCAAGAAUUUCAGUUUUUCUAAGCUCGCGGUUUUCCGGCAAGCUUUGAAUGGCCAUUUGGCAGAUUUUUUAAGGCAAAUCUGGCAACUCUGGGAUCUUCCCCGCUAAACUAAUGUAAACGUAGGCGCUGCUACACCAUUGAUGGCUCUCUAAAAAGGCAAAUAGAACAAUAAAAGUCUAAAAGGCACAUGUUAAAGUGUGGUGUAAUCAUCUGUGGGUUACGAUCAGUCAAAGAUCGUAGAAACAUCGUCAUGAAAAUGAUCGGCAUAACGGCUAAACGGUAAAUAAGCUUCACAUACACCUUGAGCUACGCCUGCGUGUUAACUUCUGAUCUGCUGCUGUAUCAUUUAAAGCGAUUUGGAAAAUGAAUGAUGUUUUUACUGAAGUAACUAUAGUUGAAGUAUUCCUGUUGAAAUACAAACUAUAGAACCCUGCCCAAAAUACAACAUAAAAUGUAAUGGAUUUAAUGGUUAUAAUGGGAAUUGUUCUAUGGAUACUUGUUGUCUACUUGUAUGUGAUGGAUUCUAUUGAUGGGAUGGUAAAUCCUAUUGGAAUAAAACCCAAAACACACUACAAAGAGGAAUUUAAUUAAAAAUAUCAUUCUAAUUCAAAAAACGCAUUGUUUUUUUCAGCAGGGAUUGUAUUUGCAGUAAAACCACAGUAUCAACAUAUUUACCAUUUUCUAUAUAUAGGAACCGUACUCCAAUUAAUAAUCUUUAGUAAAACCACAGCAACUAAACAUAUAAUGAACAUAGUUCAUUAUACUAGCUAUAGUUUAUGUUUGUAGUUAAAUUAUGGUAAUACAAAUGGUAAUAAUCCAACAAACACAUGGCUUCUACACUUUACUAUUUACAAGAACCUUACUACUUACUGGUAAAUUGCUGCUAAAACUGGUAAAGGGAAUAUACAAAAUAAAAGAACACUGCUCAUAAAUACAUAUAGGCCUAGGGGGCUAAUGAGGAUAAUUAGGCUAAAUGAUCAUACAGGAUUAUAUCUAAACUAAACAUAUAUGUGCUAAACAUAUAAAGCUCUUAAAGGAGUUGCUCACUGCAAAAUUUGCCCCCAUUGACUUUCCAUAGUAGGAAUAAAAACUACUAUGGAAAGUCAAUGGGGGCAAAUGUUGAAGUGAACUACUCCUUUAAUACCACUGAUACUGUGAGCUACUCGGUGUAUUCAGUAGGUUGCUUCAGAGGCAUAAGGUAUACGACAAUAAAACAAUGCACAACUGACAUAAAGGAAAUUUACUUUUAAUACUUGAGUACGUUUAAAAGCACGUACUUCUGUACUUUUACUUAAGUAAGAAUCUGUCUUUACAACUUUUACUUGUAGUGGAGUAAUAUUUGACCAGUAGUAUCUGUACUUUCACUCAAGUAAGGAAGUUGUGUACUUCGUCCACCUCUACACUGUUCUGACUUUUUUAUUAUAUAGAUGUGCAAAGACGUCCAGUGUGAAAUUCCCCAAGUUUCUGUUUUGCUUCUCUAUCCAAGAAGCCCCUGCGGCGAUGCGAGAACAGAUGCGCUCUCUGUUAACGUGUGACACUUCAACCAUGUGUGACUAGUCACAUUUCAGUCUUGCCACCCUCAAUCAACACGUUAUAAAGCCUGACAAACAAACAACCAACUGGGUAUAAAAGUCAGUUUCUUCCCCAUUUUCAUGGAAAAUAUUUAUUUUUUAUCCUUUCUUGGUAGGGAAAGCAGACAUAAAUGAAUGAGCUGCUGAUUGUGUGAAAUUGUCUUUAGAAACGUUUCCCUAAGAUGAUGUGCAUGACAUUGCAAGUUCAUUUGUGAUUCAUGGAGAAGUACAAUAUAUGUACAGAAUGGUUUAUUAUUACUUUUUUAACACAUACCCCUGAUUCGGUGUGGAAUGUCCUAAAGGCUUUGUCACUUGUGUAUCUAUGUACAGUACAUCCAAAUAAAGUCCAAACAAUAAGCCACCUUUGAUUAUACAGUAUAAAUGUACUUCAAAAUUCAUUUCUGUCCUCUGUGAAAUGCAAUACAUCUAGCAAUUAAGAGUUAAAGGAACAGUUCACACAAAAUGAAAAUUUUGUCUUCAUUUACUCACCCUCGAGUUGUCUCAAAUUUGUAUAAAUGUCUUAGUUCUGAUGAACACAGAGAAAGAUAUUUGGAAGAAUAUUUGGAAGUCAUAAAUGGCCAAGAACUGUUUGGUUACACGCAUUUUUCCAAAUACCUUUAUUUAUGCAGAUUUGGAACAACUUGAGGGUGAGUAAACGUUGACAGAAUUUUUCAUUUUUGGAUGAACUGUCCCUUUAAAGAUUUGCCAUGUUUCAAAGUUUACCUGUUCCUUAAAGAUCUGCAAUAUAGAUCUAUAUUUAUCUCUGUACUAGCAAGUAUGAAACACUUUUAUAAUAAACAAUGCUGCUUUGAUGUCUUUUAUUGUAUAGAAAAGCUCUAAUCUUGUUCCCCACAAAAGAAAUAAAACCACACAGUCUGUAACUUCAUGAAAAUGAGUAAAUGAAAAAAUGUAUAUAUAACUGCACCAUAUCACCAUAUACUGUACAACUACUAAGUUAAUUUUUUUUUCUGUUACUGUCCGAUAUUUCUAUUCGUAGACAGUAAAAUUGUCUGUUUCUUCUUGCUCAGACAUAAUUCCUCUCAUCUUGUUCUUAACUGCAAUUUUGCUGUAAUCUGUUCAUUUUGUAAUUGCUUUCGACUGUAAUGUAAAGUGCCUCAGAGCAAUGGAAUAAAAUAACA